AGCACCUUUCGCUGUUUACCUGAGAGAAACAAAUAAAUUUCUGACUUUAUUUAAACUAAACGAAGGAUUUCAUUUCUACAACAAUGUCUUUUAAGAGCAAAGCUCCACCACUUAGAGCCGCCCCAAGAUGGCAUGGGAUUACGGGUCCCAUCAGCAUGGAUCUGCCCAAAGAGGCUGAUUUAAUCCUCACCAACAAGCUGAAAGAGGCCCUGAAACCAUGUGGUGUUUUUGAAGACAGCAUUGAGCUGCAACACAGAGAGAAAGUUGUGAAACAACUCGAGUCACUCUAUAAGGAGUGGCUCACAGAAACCUCUGCUCAAAUGGACUUACCUGAAUCGGUCAUAGAAAACGUUGGAGGGAAGAUAUACCCUUUUGGCUCCUAUCGUCUGGGAGUUCACUCCAAAGGUGCUGACAUCGAUGCCCUUUGCAUUGGACCCAGUUUUCUGGAGCGGAAGGUCUUCUUCACUUCCUUCUUUGACAAGCUGAAGGCCCAGAAGGAGGUCAAAAACAUACGGACCAUUAAAGACGCAUACGUCCCUGUCAUCAAGAUGACCUACAAUGGAAUUGAGAUUGACUUGCUCUUUGCGCGCUUGCCGCGGAAGAGCAUAGCUGGCAAGCUGAACCUGCUCAAUAACCAGUGGUUAAAUGGUCUGGAUAUCCAUUGUGUCAGGAGUCUCAAUGGCUACAGGGUAUCAGAGGAGAUCCUCAAGUCCGUGCCAAAAGUCGGCAACUUCAGGCUCGCUCUGAGAGCCAUCAAGCUGUGGGCCAAACGACGCAACAUCUACUCAAAUGCGAUGGGCUUCUUGGGCGGCGUUUCAUGGGCAAUACUGGUAGCCAGAAUAUGCCAGUGUUACCCAAAUGCUACGUCGUCCACCUUGGUCAACAAGUUCUUCAAAGUGUACAACAUGUGGGAAUGGCCGAUCCCAAUUCUGCUGAGGAGAAUAGAGGACUGCUACUACAGCCUGCCAGUCUGGGCUCCCUUUGCUAAAGCAUGCCACCUGAUGCCGAUCAUAACACCGGCAUACCCAGCGCAGAACACGACGUUCAACGUGUCUCCCUCCUCCGUCGCCAUCAUAACGGAGGAAAUCAAACGAGGGUAUGCCAUCACAGAGGACAUUCAGCAGCGGAAAGCGGACUGGUCCAAUCUGUUUGAGCCCUCUAACUUUUUCGAUCAGUACAAGCACUAUCUUCUGCUGGAAGCUACCUCGACCACAGAGGAGCAGCAUCUUGAAUGGGUCGGCCUGGUGGAGUCUAAAAUGAGACUCCUGGUGGGAAACUUGGAGAAAAACAAGCAUGUUUCCCUUGCCCACAUCGGUCUACAGCCCUUCCCUGGAUCCAACAAUGGCAAUACCAAAGAGGGAAGGAGCACAAAGUGGCUGAUUGGUCUGGAAUAUAAGGGGUCAGAAAGUCUAAAUGUAGACCUGAACCCCGCCUUCCAGUCCUUCCGUGAUACCCUCUACAACUGUAAGCUAUAUCAAGAAGGGAUGACCAUAUCAGCCACAUACGUGGCCGGGUCCAACAGUGAGACGCCCAAUGGAGAUGGAGAACCCACAAGGGUCUGCACUCCAAAACCAAGGCCCACAGUGAGCCAUCAAGUCUCUGCCACUGCACCGGCUGGUCACACAGCGCCUGUCAGCGCAGGCCGACCAGCCAUAAAAAGAAAAGGCUGGUCUGACUCUAAAACUAACGCCAAGAGAGUCAAAGCUGACAAGGAAUCGGUGUCUGUGGCGAAUGGCUCAACAGCAUCAACACCCAGCAAGCCUGCCUCUAACUCCAUGAGUCCAUGGACCGGCAAAAGGCCUUGUGCUCCUCAAUUAGCAACUUCAACCUUGAAGAUAAAAUCCAAUGAGGAGCCAACCAAAGGCCCCAAGACCUCCAACAUCUCGCUCAAUAAGAGUCGGUCUCAAAGUAAGAGCUCAAAGAGCUCAAAGAAACUCCGAACUCUUGAGCUAGAGACUCGCAAAAAGGCCACACUUGACCUGGGUCCGCCCGCUGUCGAGCUGACAGAGGACAUGACCCCUGGCCCCACUCAGCCUUCUACCUGUGUGAAGCGCUCCAUCAAACUUCACCUGAUCAGGCGCAAGUGAUUCAGCUCCAGACGUAGAGGGGGAAACUACAUCCAAGCCCUCCGUCACCAAUUUCUUUUUAUUUUAUUUUAUUUUUUUACUUUUAUUUUUUUUUCUGGGCAGACACUAAAUAGUUUGACCCGCCAUUGUUGUGUUUAUGUUUUGUGUUCUUUCUUGUAUUUUUUUUAUUAUUUUUAUUGUAUUGUAUUAAUUGUACUUAUGGGUGGGUUUUCCAUGGGAAACUCUGGUUCUCCCGCCACAUAAGUAUGUAUAAAUAAAAUUGUAAAUAGUUUAAA